AUGCAUCGACUCUACCUUCUCACUCACCAUCAUCAAUGGGAUAACCUUAUAGUACAAGGCAACCUCGACGCUAGCACGAACGGCGACUACAGCAUCGUUGACCAGCAAGUGCCCGAGAGCCAGCAGGCAGCCACAUUGCCGACUAGCACGGAAAGCAUUGUGAAAAGCAUCAAAGAUGCCCGCUUGCGCGCGCUAUGCGACCAAGCUCUCAAGACGGAGCCCCUCAUACUCGCGGCGUCUGGAUUGGACGAAGCCGACGAGUCGGCUUUGAUUGAAGAUCGUCGCGAAGAAGGAGCAACGGCCACACAUGACGACCUUCUCGAUGGUGAGAGAUGAACGGCACCACAGUCGUCGAAUCAUCGACUCUUCGCAUACUUACUUGACCCAAACACUGGUGGACAGCACCCCGGAAGAGACCCCGCGCUCUACCGGAGUGGCGCAUACUUAGGGGGACAUGGGGAAAGGAAGAAAAGUCUGGCUUUCCUCGAACGCACGAUGAGGUUGGUAGCGGCGCAGAUGAGCACAGCACAGAGCACGGCAAAGGGAAAGGCAAAGGGAAAGGCAAAGGCAGAGGCACCAUGCGGCGUGGCGUGCCUCAGCUCGCGAGUGAGGUGGACCCUGAUAAUCUGACCGCACUCGAUGAAAGCCAAUGGGAACACUUGACACACGACUCGAUCGUGCAGGAAGGUCGCAAAGUUCUACACGAGUUCCGAACGCAAGACAAGGCCAGUUGGCAACGAGAGUCGCUUUCUGGCACCUCUGACCACUUGGGGGUGUACAGUCUGCGUAUGAAGAACAUCAAGGUGCGCGUAACCGUGUGUCGCACUUUCGAUCUUCAAGAGGCUCUGAGCGGGCGAAGCACUUCAUCUCUGCCCAAGCAUAGCUUUGUGAGUACUCCGAGCGUAGUCAGACUUCAUGCCAAGUGCUCUCAUCGCCGGCUCUGGCCUUGUCCAGUCACGGAAGCGCACACCCACUCUCCACGGGGGCUCCUCGCCCAAUUACGACAUUAUACUUGAUCGGAAGGGUCGACAACUAACAUUUCAACGAUGGGGCUUGGGGGAAGAUGCACCCCUUGCACGAGCUUUGGGGUCUGUGCUGAGACCUAAUCAGCGCCGAGAACCUAAUCACGAAUCGGCGUCCCAGCCGCAAUCACACCCACAGCAUGGCGACAAUGCACAGCUCACGACCUCACACGUUGGACCGGGAAGCCUGCGAAAGUUGCAGAUCGAACAGAUUGCAAUGCUUGCGGAAAGUGUAGAUGCUCGAGAACAAGAGGUGAAUACGCUUCUUUCCAAACACCACAAUAUCUGCGACCAGCACAGGGAUGUCACUGCAAAAUCAUCUAAUGAAAGUCCUCGAGUAGAAGCAACGCGCGGAUUACCUUUACAACAAGACGACAUUCGUGCCCAGCAUAGAGACGGCGGUGCAGCGUCACCCAAUGAAGACCUCGGAUUGUUUGAGCAGAAAUGCGAGGCAAAGAGGGCGCACAAAGCGCGCGCAAAGCUAUCACGCCUGUACUACAAGAGGGCGGAACUCCGCAAAAGCAGGGAAUCGGAGCUCGUGCUGCUGCAAGCAUGGGCUCACACGUUGACAAUGCCAAGCAAGGAGAUUGUAAAAGAGGAUGCACCGCCACGUCGCUAUGCGCACGUUCGCCUCAGAGUUCCCGAAGACGAGCACAUUAUCGAUCCGACGUACAACGUCCCAUUGAAGCAGCAUCGUCAACUUCUGCUUCCUUUUUUGCUUGGUCAAGAAAUGACAAGUGUGCUAGACGAAGUCAGGCAGACUUUCGCAAGAGGUUUCCCGGGCGCCUAUGCGGUGCACAAUGACGUCAGACUCAGAGAGCUGCUCAACGUAGUGCCAAAACACGAGUUUGCCAACAACUCGAGGGAAAAUAGAGAGACACGUCGACGCAGAGGCGCAUUGAUGGCACCUUGGACUUCUGUCAGUCUUGAGAUGCCACAUCAUGCGCUAGCCUCGCCGUCCUCGACUCCGGAUGACGGCGUGUCGAGUCUGGAGCUGAGUGCCAUCACCCAUCUUGGGUGUUUUACAGGUGCUGUCUUGUUUCUAUCGAGCCUUGGAAUUCCCAUCGCUUCCAGGCCCCUGCUCGACGUCACCAUUCUUCCAAUGGAGCUCUGUGGAUGCGUCGAUGAAGGCGCAAUGCAGGGGACUCGUGUGGCCGUUCGUCUCUCCACUCCGCCGGCGGCGCUCAAGACUUGGUCGAGAGAGCUCACCCUCGACGAUUUUCCGCAAUGGCGAGCUUUUGCGCCCGCAAACGCAGACAACGACUCGGCAGCAUCGGCACCUGCCGUUCCCGACGUGCUGCAAAAAGCCACAUAA